AAGAGUUGUUUUUUUUAUUUACUUAUUUAUUGUAUAGGGUAUUAUAGCAGGAAUAAAUGCAGGAUGUAAGGUAAAAUGCCUAAAUCCAUUUAUUGUGGAUCGCACAGAAAGUUACAUUGGAGUAUUAAUUAAUGAUCUAACAACACUUGGAACUGACGAGCCAUAUAGGAUGUUUACCAGUAGAGCUGAGUUUCGUCUACUGCUUAGACCAGACAAUGCUGAUUUAAGACUUACUGAGAAAGGACACAAAGUUGGAUGUGUUUCAGAAGAAAGAUAUAAAAACUUUUGUGUUAUUAAAUAUCAUCUUGAUUCUGCUAUUUCAUUUUUAAAAUCUCAAAUGAAACCUAUUAAAAUGUGGAAAAAUUUAAUUAAUGUUGAAAGUGUAGGAAACUGCAAUGAAUUUAAAACUGCUUUUGAAUUACUUCGAUGUGAAUGGGUAACAUUUGAUAUGUUAUCUGAACUCUUUCCAAAUGAAUUGAAGUCACUUGCAAAAGAUGAACAUUUAAUAAAUAGAUUGAAAGUAGAAGCCAUCUAUGAAGAUGCUAUAAAAGAACAGAAAGCUGAAAUUAAAGAAAUGCAACAAGAGAAUGAACUGGAAUUGCCACAAGAUAUUGAUUAUAACUUGGUCAGUUUAAAUCUUUCAAAUGAAGAGAAAAAGAAAUUGGAAGAUUGUAGGCCUGCAACAGUGAGUUAUUUAUAGAAAAAAUUUCAAUUGUUCAAUAUAGUUUAAAAAAAAAUUCUUUGUGAAAUUUCAUUUUAAAGGAAUCUAAAGAUAGGACUAGACUUGUUACAUAUCCUUAUAUUAUUCUAUCAAUCUAGGGAUAUGAUAUGAUGCAAUGUGACUUAUUUUUCUUCCAUAUCUCAUAUACCAUAUCAUGUUUCCAUUUAAAAGGCAAGAACAGGACAAAGUUUUAGUUUGGAAACAGUUUUAAAAACAGCAAUGACCCAUCUGUGAAAUUAAGAAGAAUACACCUACAUUUAUUACAUUUUUAAACGAAACAAGUCACAGUAAUUAAUUUUAUAAUAUCCUCCUUACUCCAUUCCAUUCCAAAUAUAAACACAUUUAAUAAACACAGACUUGUGUGUAGCCUUUGCACUCUACAUGUGGUGUGUGCAACUGAGAAGAAAUAGACUGAUGAGAUGUGUGCACAUCCUUAUGUUGGGUAUCAUCCCUUUGAUGUGAUGGCAAAAGACUGACAAGAGAAUAAUUGCAUUUAAUGUGUAUCAUUGUAUCAACAUUUUGAUACAAAACAGUUUGUUGGUGCCAUUCACACUGACAUGAUACAAGGAUACACAACAAGUCUCAACCUACCUUAAAGAGGAGUAAUAGGCUACUUGAUAUUUUGGUGCUUUAAUUAACUCCUUUAUCAGCAUUCUUUACUUGAAAUAACAAAACAAAAUUGUUGCGUAAGAAGUACUGUAAUGGUCAAAUGUGAGUGCUAUGAAAGUCUUGGAAAUAUUUGAUCUGGAAGAAUUAGAAAAUUAUUUUGUAUAUGAAUCUAUGCAGAGGUGAUAAGAAACGAGAAUGCUUAUAUCAAACCAUUAACUUUAAUAUCAAAAAUGUUCCUCAGUUGUGCUUUCUAAAACAUUUUCACUUCAAAGAAAACAGUAUGAGUUAGAUUUUUAAUAAGGACUGUAACAAUAGAAAGCCAUAAAAUUCAAAAGACGUCAACUUUUUUCUUUAUUAUUUAUAAUUCUGUUUGUUGCCAUAGCAACAAUUUCAAAUAAUUAAAAUAAGAAUUUCAUUAUCAGUUUUAUUAAAUUAACUGUGCUGUU